AUCAAAUCAAAUGUGAGCGGUCUGAUGGAAGAGCAAUUGAUUCUAGAAUGAGCAUAGUACGAUCAUUCCCAACAGACUGCUGGAAAUGCAGGCUGAACGCUGGAGACGCGAUAAGGUUAGACACACCGCCCUAUGGCGGUGGGACUUUUCUGCCAGGAUAAUGGCCGUGCUUCGGGCAAGCAACAAGAUCGUUUUUUCGCAGUCGACAUUAAACGGCCAUGGUGCUACCGAGGAUAGAGCUGUUACGCAGUCUAGCCAGUGCGAGGCAGCUAUGCGUGCGGCUCUCUGGGCAGCAAAGGCGAGUAGCCUUUGCUUACCCACGGUCGGUGACUCGUACGCCGCUGUCUGGCGGGCGGCGACUGCUAUCGACUUCGCGAGCGCUGAGGUCAGUGGCGGGUGAGGACGUCAACCAUGAGGAUCUCUUGACCGGGCAGGACCCAGUGAUCGCCCCCGUCGCCGAAGAAGAAGUCCGCUUGGAAGCCGAGCUCGAGACGUAUCGCGAUAUUCGAGAAUAUCUACGAAAAUGGAACGAAACCAAUCCGAACGUCCUAGACCCCGUCCGCGAACCUGGCAGUGAAUCGUCAACCACAGAGCCCGGUCAAUUGAUCGGCUCCAUGCUCAACGGUCGUGAAGCAUCGGAUUCCCUCUGGGCUAGCUCACAGCUCUCCAAUAAAGAUGACUUUGAUACUUCUGAAGAGUUCGAAGGAGAUCAUCUAGAGCCCGGUGAUUUAGUGGGCCGCCUUACGUCGGAUGGUGUGUUCAACCUCGCUAUCUACGUACAGUCCGUCCACAAGCAAAAACAAAUCUACACGACUCGGGGGAAUUGGCGGAUCUGCUCCAAUCGUGAAAUCGAUUACAUUGUCAAGGGCUUUGCGCCCACGGUUCUUGUUGAUCCAAUCAAACCCUACUUCCCGGAUCGUCCUGCACAGGCCCUGUCCGAGAUUCAAUCCGUGCCAGAGGGUGGACUUCCGAGGCCGCUAGGGCGGCCCCUCAUUGAAAUGAUGACCGAGUUCGAGCAGCAGGUAUUCGAUUUCUACCGACAGCAUGCGCAAUUACUGGAUAAUAUUCACGAUUUGGUCGCGGAUGAAACUGAAUUUCUACGCAUGACUCUUGAAGAGCUCGCCAUGAAGCUCCUAGAUAUCGAUGAGCCGCAACUGAACAGAGUGAACCUGUUUGCGGUGCACCAGGCUGUGCGACGCCGUCCAUUCGCCAUCGACAAGGAUUUCAAUUCGACUUUCCACCCAAUUUAUUUGGUACAGCCGAAGAGAAUAACCAACGUGGUCAAACAGGUCACGACGUGGGUUCGCGAACAUCAGGACUAUUUGGUUCGGGCAGCCAUGGCCAAAGAGACCCCGGGUUUCAAAGAUCAUCCCAUCCAACAAUUCAUCCAAAAGGCACAACGCCUCAUUCGUCUCAGCCGGAAGGUUCGCUCUCCGACGGUGAUGUCUAGCGUGGGGCCUUCUUCCCAAAAGUUCUACCCUGGACAAGACGGCAAGGCGAUGGUGUAUCGUGAAGUCUUAACUGAAAAGUUCACCAAGACUGAUCAGAUAAUCAUCGAGUAUAUGCAAUUAUACGCGAUUCCGUCGGUGGCUAUGCCGUCUGGUACAUUACGAUCGACUGCCUCUCACGUUAUGCGUGCUACCGGCAUGUACAAUACUCUUGGGCUCAGCGAGUCAUCCACCCGCAUGUUCUUACAGGAGCUUGGUGUGGUGGCUCCUUGGGAAAAUCUCAGUCUUCUCGACCAAAACAUCUUGCUCCCCGGUCAUGGCAUGUCCUUGAUGGAGGAUAUGAAAUGGGAAGAAAUUGAAGAAUCCUCCGCGACCAUCUCAGAGUCCUUGACCGAUUCAAUGGAAGACCUACGCAAGGAUUGGGGGGGCUUGCCAGUUUAUUGUAUAGAUGCAGUCACGGCACAGGAAAUCGACGAUGGCGUCUCGUUGGAGCGAAUCCCCGGCUCCGAGGAUACAUUCUGGGUGCGCAUCCACGUCGCCAACCCGACGGCUUUCUUGGAACAUGACAAUCCCAUCAUUGAAUACGCCAAAUCACGACUUGCCACCACUUACGCCCCAGAGCGCACAUACCCCAUCUUCCCCACGAGUUUCACACAGGAUUACUUCAGUCUGACAAAUGGCCGGCCCACAUUGACAUUCAGCGCCAAGAUGAAUCUUCAAGGAGAAAUCCUCGAUACCGAGGUCGCAAACGGCACUAUCCGGAACGUAAUCAGCCUGACCCAUAGCACCCUACAAAAGUUCUUGGAUCCCGAGUCAAUACCUUCCUCCGAAUCUCUCACUGUCGGCGGCGAGCCCAUCGAGCAAACUCAGCCCGAAGGCAAGGUCCUACGAGAGACACUCACCGCUGAGGACAAAGACAAUUUCACCAUUCUUCGCAACUUGAUGCUCGGCUUCCGCACUCAACGUCAGAAAAACGGCGCCAUGGACAUUCAGUUUCCUCGGCCGGAUACCUCCCUCUCUGUCCAGAUGGGCACGGCACUCGCGAAGCCAUACGAGUUCCAAGUCACUGAAGGCAGGUACUUUGUUGGGGACCCGAUCAUCCAGCUGCAAAUGCAAGACUUUGACCCGCAUGAAGUCCGGGAUGAGUCGAAGCGUUAUCUCGUCUCGCUCCUAAUGAACCUGGCCGGUCACAUCGCUGGACAGUUCUGCGCGGCCCGUAACAUUCCCGUCGUCUACGAUGGGACAUGGUACGACCCCGAAUACGGACACGUUACGCGGGAAAACAUGAAUGAGUUCGGCGGCCAGGCAUUCUACCACCUUGCCCUACCCAAGGCAGUCUCUGCCUCUACUCCUCUCCACCACCACAUGCUCGGUCUGGACGCGUACGUCAAGAGUACCAGUCCGCUACGUCGAUUCAGCGACGUCAUCGCGCAUUAUCAGAUCGAAGCAGCUCUGCGUUUCGAGCACGAACACGGUCGUCGCUUCGACGCUUUAACCGACAUCCCCGAAGAAACCUUCGAAACUGAGUCUCAACUGUCCGAACCAAUUACAUCAUCUCCCCUCCCAUACUCCCACCUCGACCUUGACAACCACAUUGAUUACUCUCAACCUCUCCUCGCCCGACUCCGCGCCAUCUCGGCUUACUCUACUCAACACUGGGCCUGCAUGCUCCUCUUCCGCGCAUUCUACUUUGCAGAAUGUGCACUCCCGGAAUCCUUCCCCGUCGUCCUGCGCUCGAUGCGAAUGGGCUCCGAAGUCGAGGGGACCGUGUAUUCGGGUAUCAUCACUAAUCUGGGCGUGAACUGUGUAAUCACUAUCCCGGAGGAAUGUUCAGAUAAAGAAAAGAUGGAUAUCUUUGGGGUCGUUGAUGCGCAGAUUACGGCGGUGGAUAUGGCGAGUUUGGAGGUGAAAAUGGAGGCGAAGGGGUUGAUUAAGCCGUUUAAGAGGACGGGGGAGUGGGCUUGAGCGUGAGGCUAAUCACCGCUGGACAAGCUGCGUGAUCUUGUAUUAUAGUGUACCAUACUUGUAUAUCAUGAAACAAUAGAGACUCGAAUCUCCUUCGAU